CUGGGAAGGAAUCUGGGGACCUGGGUCAGCCGUCUGGUAGCUCCUAGCCCCCUGGGAGGUGUGAAGAUAUGGAUCAUGAGCUGAGCCAGGGAGCUGCGCUGCUACGGCUGCUACCCCUUCUGGGGCUGCUGCCCCAGUCCUGGACUGCCCCUGAAGCUCCUACUCCAGGGUGGAGGGAUGAGCUGCAAAACCACACGUUCCUGCGCACAAUGUACUGCCAGAAAGGGAGUCCCAACGUGGGGCUAUCCGAAACCUACGACGAGGACCAGCUUUUCUCCUUCGACUUUUCCCAGAAUAUCCGAGUGCCUCGCCUGCCUGAAUUUGCUGACUGGGCUCACAAGUCUCGAGAUACUUACAACAUUUUCUUUGACAAAGCAUUCUGCCGGGCGGUCAUCGAGGAAAUUGGCCCAGAGCUUGAGGGGCAAAUCCCUGUGUCUAGAGGGCUCCCCAUCGCUGAGGUGUUCACUCUGAAGCCCCUGGAGUUUGGCAAGCCCAACACGCUGGUCUGUUUCGUCAGUAACCUCUUCCCACCCACACUGACUGUGAGCUGGCAGCAUCAUUCGGCCCCUGUGGAAGGAGCCAGGCCCACUUUUGUCUCAGCCGUCGAUGGACUCACCUUCCAGGCCUUUUCUUACUUAAACUUCACACCAGCACCCUCUGAUAUUUUCUCCUGCAUCGUGACUCAUGAGAUUGACAGCUACACAGCAAUCGCCUUUUGGGUGCCCCAGAAUGCGCUGCCCUCCGAUCUUCUGGAGAACGUGCUGUGCGGUGUAGCCUUUGGCCUGGGUGUGCUGGGCAUCAUUGUUGGCUUAGUCCUCAUCAUCUACUUCCGAAAACCUUGCUCAGGUGACUGACUCUUCCUGACCAGUCUGAGGCCGACAGCUGCAGCCAUCCAAGCAAGAGGUGUUCAAGUUUCUCACAUCCUACCCAGGAUCUCUCCUUCUCAGAGCAGGAGGCCCUGGGACUCCCCCCAGGGGAUGUGUGUGUGUGUGUGUACAGGUUUCUCAGCUGGGGUCUCUGCUGUCCCUGGGCUUUUGCAUCCAGGGGAACCCAGAGUGGCUUUCCUAUCACGACCACAUCACUGCCAUGUGAAGGCAAUAAAUCUCAUUUCUUAAUAUCA